AUGACAAGCCUCGCCGAUAUCGAUCUCGAUGGCUUGCUUCGUAAAGCUGAGGCACGGUUCUCGACAACCAGCGAUGGCCAGCAAACCGACAACAAGCUUCCUUUGUCCGGGAGCUUGACAUCUGUUCUGAGUCGUAGCCAGACCCCUCACGAGGCCCCUCGCGAAGCCUUGUCAGUGCGCCAGAUCCAGCCCACGAAAACUCCAAACGAGGAUACCGCCGGGAAAAAUUGGUUCCAUCUCCCCAAGGCCGACGCGACUUCCGAGCUGAAGAGAGACUGGCAAAUCCUCCGUAUGCGCAAUGUCUUGGAUCCUAAGCAGCAAAGAAAGGCCUUACGGCCUGAAAUUCCCAAGUACGCUCAAGUUGGGGAAAUUGUUGCUGGACCGACGGACUUCUACAGCGCAAGAAUGACACGCAAGGAGCGGAAGCGCAACUUGCUUCAGGAAGCACUAGACUCUCGAGACGAGUCAAAGAUGCGUCACAAGUACGCCAAUAUUCAGCAAGAAAAGACCAGUGGAAAGAAAGGCUCUUACCGGAAGUUCGUGUCCCACCGGAAGAAGUUCAAGGGAUGA